ACAGGGUCAGGAUUCCCGGCUUGAAGUCAGAGAUGAGUCACUGCUAAGAGCAACUGCAGCAGCCGAGGAAGGGCACCAGAGAGGCAGGCAGCACAUCUGAGGGUCCCGGUGGAAAAUGGCGAGAAGCGCGGACGUGGUGGCCAUGGACUGCGAGAUGGUGGGGCUCGGGCCGUUCCGGGAGAGCGGCUUGGCUCGCUGCAGCCUCGUGGACUACCACGGCACCGUGCUGUACGACAAGUUCAUCCGACCCGAGGGCGAGAUAAGCGACUACAGAACCCCAGUCAGCGGGAUCACGGCUCAGAAAAUGGAGGGGGCCACCCCGUUCGCCGUGGCCAGACUAGAGAUCCUGCAGCUCCUGAAAGGGAAGUUGGUGGUGGGUCACGACCUGAAGCACGACUUCAAGGCGCUGAAGGAGAACAUGAGCAACUACGCCAUCUACGACACGGCCGCCGACAGGCUGCUGUGGCGCGAGGCCGGCCUGCUGCACUGCCGGCGCGUCUCCCUCCGCGUGCUGAGCCAGCGCCUCCUCGGGCGGUGCAUCCAGGACAGCGUGUUGGGACACAACUCGGUGGAAGACGCCAGGGCAACCAUGGAGCUCUACCGAGUCUCCAGGAGAAUUCGAGACCAGUGAGGGCUGCCCGCCUGCUGCUACUCAGCCCCCUCCCCAAAGAUGAGACCCUCCAUCUCUUCAGAAUGACUCUCUUACUUUUGAAAAAUGCAUUUUUAGCAAUAAAGUGGCUGUAUAUUUUCUCUACUCCCUUGGAUCCUCCUCUCGUCUUUUUCUUUCCUCUCUCUGAGCCGGGUGUCAGUGGACACUACCCUGCACUCAGAGGACAAGGAACACGUGAGCCGGG